AUGGAGCAAGACGAGCGCGAGGUCCCUGACCUACCCAAGGGGAAGGAGCACGAGCAGGGAGGCGGUGCUCCGGUGCCGGGCGGGGUGGCCGGUGCAGAGGGCGGCCUGGCGCGCGGGGCCGCUUCAUCGGAGCAGGAGGGCGUCUCGGGGGCCGGCAAUGACGGUUGUUGUGCCGCGGUUGGGUCGGAGAGCGAAGGGGAGGAGGAUAUUGAGGCGAUCUUUGCUUCUGAAGCUUCGACGGAGGAGUUGGGAGGGGUCGCUCCGGCGAGCAAUGCUGGUCGUGGCGAUGCGCCGGGGAGCGGCCGGAACGAAGACCCUGCGACGAUUCGCUUCGAGCUUCGAGGGUUUCGACCGACCAGGCGAGCGGUCGCGCACGCGAUGCCGCCGUCGUCCUACCGCCGCCUGCCGCUCCGAAGCAGGAAGCAGUACAGCCCGACCCGCUUCAUCUUCGCGGGAGACGCAGCGUCGGGCAUCGCCAAUGCUCAUGAUCCUGGCACUGGCACGUCAGAAGCAGCAAGCGGCCCACUGCCCACCGCCAGCCUCGGCUCAACGUCGGCGACGUCGCGAUCCGUCGGUGUCUCUUCAGUGGCCAAUGCCAGGCAUGGCGCCAAGAACGAAGCGAUGGUCUCGACGGCGAUGAGACGCUAUGAGAUUGACGUUGCGGUUGACAAGUCGUGCUCCGACGAUCACAACACCGAGUCGAAGGAUGUGGAAGCGGAGCGGGCAUCCUCGUCAUGCCGCCAUCCUUCUCGCAGCAGGAAGCAGCGCCGCCCUGAUCGCUGCAUCUCCGACCCCGAGGAAGACGCCGGGGCCGCAGCCGCAGCCGCAGCCCGUGCAAAGGCUCGACGGGGUAACGUUGUCCUCGACAGGUUCCUCACCUACCUGGUCCGCACCUCGCCGGAACAGAGGCCGGAGUGGGUGAGGAACAUCACGGCAGACGAUGUCGGCGUACAGGGGCAGCGCGACAGCAAUGUCUCGAGGACGGUGUCAGAGGACAGUCCAGAAGGGCCGCCUGACGGGAGCCCAAGGAUCCUCGCCAUUGUUGCCAUUCUCGGCGCUUCCCUGGCGCUCAGCUUGGUCUCGUGCGUGCUCUUGUACAUCGUCGGUCAGAGAACAGCCUCUGGGCUGCCGGACACGCACCAGAAGAAGGUAAGCGUCUUACUUCUGAGUUCAGAUGAGUGA